AUGGAAAACGUUGAUCGGAUCACAUUGCUAAACGAUAUCGAUGUUCUUACCACAAACUACACUAUCAAGGUUAAAAUUGUUAGUUUGUGGAGGAAGAAAAUGAGGGAUAAUGAAAGGGAGACAUAUCGAAUAGAUAUGAUACUGAUGGAUGAAAAGGGUAGCAAAAUUCAAGCUUCUUGCAUGCAUAAGCUAUUUUCAAAGUUUGAGAGGCAUCUUAAUGUUGAUGCAUGCCUUAUCAUUAAACGACCAUCUCUUGCUGCGAACACAGCAUCUUUCAAGAUUGUUCCUAACAACCAGAAGCUAACUUUUUAUUAUCAUACCUUUGUGGAAAAGUGCAAUGUAUGGGACGGUCAGCAAUACGUUUUCAAUUUUGUUGAGUUUAAUGAUGUUCUUUCAAAGAAAAUAAAAGAGGGUACGACAGUAGAUUUCAUUGGGUAUGUUGGUGUUUGUUAUAACAUUGAGGAUACUAACAAAAAGGAUGGUAGCAAAGGGAAACGUCUUAAUCUUAAGCUUCAAGAUCUUGAAGAUGUUCAGAUCGAUUCUUACAUGGUUAGCGAAAAGCGUGAAGCACAUGUUGUCGUUGUUGUCCAUUUCGGUGCAGUUAAAUCAUACAAAGGCAAAUGGGGAUUUUCCAAUAACUUUGAUGGUUCAAGACUUUUCAUUAACGACAACUUUGAUGACAUGCUAUUGUUCAAGCAAAAGUUUCUUGCUAAACUUUCUGCUUCAACUGAGUCAAGUAGCCAUGCUGGGUCAUAUAUGAUGUGUUCUGUCGAAGAUGAAUUUUUAAAGAAUGAUGUUUUUUCACCACUUGCUUAUCUUCCAUCAAUCUUAGAGCCAAAGAAAGUUGUUGUUGUUGGAACUAUUGUAGCAAUCGUUUCUGAUAAGAUGUGGUAUUAUGAUGGGUGUAACUAUUGCAAGUCAAAAGUUGAGAAAAAGUUUGAAACCUAUGAUAAAGAUGAUGGAACAAGUGAUGUUAGAGAUGCGCAGUUGUAUCAAUGUUCUAACAAGGAUUGUAAUGGAAAAGAGGUUUUCCCGCUGUCCAGGUUUAAAAUACCGGUUCGCGUUCAAGAUUCAACCGGAACUGUGACGCUUACAUUAUUUGACCAUGAGGCCAUGAAGUUUGUUCGGAAAACUGCAAAGGAACUUAUUCAAAUUCAGGACGAGUUAUUGAAAACUAAUGAUUUCCCAAGAGAAUAUCCCGUUGAAUUUGAAGAGUUGCUUAAUCUAAAGUGUGCUUUCGUGAUUAAAGUAACUGACUUUAAUAUUGCUAAUGGUGUCGAGAAUUAUGGAAUAUCAGUUGUUACAACUGAUGAUGACAUCUUGGAUAAGCUCAACAAAAAAUUUAAAAUAGACCAAAUUGAUGCUUAUGAAACUUUUGGUAUGCGUCAGUCUGAGUUGCAAACUUCUGGUGCUGAAGGUUUGAAGGAUGCCGAUUCUUACACUGGGGAUAACACCACACCUAUUUCAAAGGAUUAUGCGGUUGACUUGAAACAAUCAUCCUCUGACAUGAAGCGUAACCUUGAUGAUGUUUAUUUGAAUGAAGUUGGAUUGGCGUCCUCAGCAACUGAGCAAGCUAAAUGUAGGCGUUCGUUAAGAAAGCUAUAUAUUGAUAAUAAGAGAUCAAAUGCAGCUGCUUUUCCGGAAUAUGUUGUCAGAGCUGUAGAGGCUAAACACAGGCGCAAGUUAAGAAAAUUAUACCUUGAUAGUAAGAGAUCAAAUGUUACAAAAAAAUUCAUUUCUAGAGGUGGUGCUUCAACAUCGUCAUCAUCAACACCAAUCCUGUUAAAUAACAAAGAGAAUUUAACCCCCAAUAUUUCAAACACCACCUUUCCUACCGAAUCUUCAACUGGUAUUGGGACAAAUAAUAUUGCAAGCUCAUCAACGUUACCAUUGAAUGAUUGCUAUUCUCUUCAUCCCAGAAUAUCCAAUAAAUGUAACACAACAUUUUUGACCUCUGAAUUAAGCUCGAUAAAAAAGAUGUCUUCUGGAAAGCGUAGACUUAUUCAUAAACUAAUUGAAAUAGAACCCAUACCAAUGGCUAUUCUUGAUUCUGAUGAUGAAAAUCAUGUUAACGAGGUUGUGUUAGACGCCACCAAAGGCGUUUCUAAAGAUUACGUUGACCAUGGUGACCAAUCUCUUACGUGUGGUUUAUGCUUUGCAAACUUAUGGCCAACCGAAGGUGGAAAGGGUUGCAUUACACUUCAAAAGCAAACAUAUAGCUUAUGUUGUGGAUAUGGUAAAGUUGAUUUGCCUGAAUAUAAAGAUUCUGAUCCAUCUUAUCAGAUGCUUUUUCACUGUUUAGAUCAGGAAAGCAAAUAUUUCUUAAAGAACAUAAGACGUUACAAUUCUAUGUUUUCCUUUACUUCAAUGGGAGGAAAAGUAGAUACUAAAAUAAACAAAGGUAAUGCUCCAUUUGUUUAUAGAAUCAGUGGUCAGAAUGCACGUAGUAUGGGUAGUCUUCUUCCUAAGCAUGGAUCCCAGCCAAAAUUUUCACAGCUUUAUAUCUAUGAUACUGAGAAUGAGCUUUCUAAUAGGGAGUUGUUAUUCAGUGAUUCUUCAAGCAAAGCAUCGAUAAGGGCAAAGGAACUUGAUGUUAAGUUUAUAAAGAUGGUACGAGACCAUCUCCAUGACAAUCCUAAUGUUACUCUUAAACUUCGUAUAAUCUCACAGAGAGAUCGAGACGGUAGGACUUACAAUUUACCUACGUGUUCUGAAGUUGCUGCUUUGAUAGUUGAUGAACCUGAUCUCCAGAUUGAAAGCCGUGAUAUUAUUGUUGAAAUGCGUUCCGGAGAUCUUAAGCGUAUUAGCGAGUUACAUCCUUCUUAUCUUGCUCUACAGUAUCCAAUUCUUUUUCCGUAUGGAGACGAUGGAUAUAGGAUUAACAUUCCUCAUAGGGAUUUUGGUCCUAAUACAAAGAAGACAAGACCAACUUGUACUAUGAGGGAGUUUUUUUCUUAUAGAAUUCAGGAUAGGCAUAACAAGUUUUCUCUAAUUCUUAAUGCAAGAAGUCUUAAAAAUGUUCAAGACGUUGGUCAGAGUGAUUUGAGUCAUACGGGACAACCUGUUAUAUUACCUUCAUCUUUUACGGGUGGUUCUCGAUACAUGAUGCAAAAUUACUUAGAUGCUAUGGCGUUAUGUCGGAAGUAUGGGUAUCCUGAUUUCUUUAUCACAAUCACAUUUGUUUAUACCGUUGAGUUUCAAAAACGUGGUUUGCCACAUGCGCAUAUUUGCUUAUUUAUGAAAGCUGAUCAUAAGCUUCCUACGGUUGAACACAUCGAUCCCUUUAUAUCAGCUGAAAUUCCUGAUAAGAACGAGGAUCCUGAAUUGUAUUCUCUUGUGAGUGACUUUAUGAUUCAUGGUCCUUGUGGAUAUGCGAACAUGAAAUGUCCAUGCAUGGUUGGGAACCGUUGUUCUAAGAAUUUUCCAAAGAGGUUUUUGGAUUCCACUUCCAUUGAUUCUGAUGGAUUUCCAGUUUAUAGGAGAAGAGAUUCUGGUCACACAGUUGUGAAGAAGGGCGUUACUUUAGACAAUAGGAGUGUAGUUUCAUACAACAAAAAGCUACUUAAAAGAUAUCAGCCACACAUCAACGUGGAAUGGUGCAAUCAGGCUGGGUCAAUAAAGUAUUUGUUUAAAUACAUUAAUAAAGGACCUGAUCGAGCCACUGUUGCUGUUUUUGAUUCAGACAGAGGCCCCGAUGAGGAGAUUCCAAAAGAUGAAAUUAAAGAGUAUUACGAAGCUAGAUAUGUUUUCGCAUGUGAAGCCAGCUGGAGAAUAUUUGGCAAUGAUGUUCAUUAUCGGUAUCCAUCUGUUAUGAGGUUACCAUUUCAUCUUCCAGGACAACAAAAUGUUGUAUUUAGUUGUGACGAUGAUAUUGAGGAUGUCCUAAACAAACCUCAAGUAAAUUCCUCUAUUUUCUUAGAAUGGAUGAAGAUGAACAAUUCUAAGCCUGAAGCAAGAGAACUUACUUAUGUUGAGUUUCCCACAAAAUAUGUGUGGAAGUUAAAAGAUCGUUGCUGGCAGCAACGCCAAAAUUAUGUUGUUAUUGGAAGAAUUUAUUCUGCGUCUCCCUCUCUUGGUGAGGCUUAUUACCUAAGAAUUCUUCUUACUAAGGUUAAAGGGCCACGAUCAUUCGAAGAAAUAAGAACAUAUGAUGGUGUUGUGUAUCCUAUGUUUCGGGAUGCGUGUUAUGCACGUGGCCUGUUAGAUGAUGACAAUGAAUAUAUCGAGUGUAUUAAAGAAUCCAGUUUCACAGGAAACGGUCAUUAUCUUCGUUCUUUGUUUGCAACACUUCUAUUGUCUAAUACGCUAUCUAGACCUGAAGUUGUUUGGGAGAAAACGUGGGAGCUAUUGUCCGAGGACAUUUUAUACAAUAUGCGGAAAGAUUCUGGCAUGAGCGAUUUCGUUGUUUCUGAUGAACGUUUAAAGAAUAUUACGUUGUCGAAAAUCGAAAAAUUCCUUCUUCGUAAUGGAUCCAGCUUGCACAGGUUUUCACCAAUGCCUUAUCCUGAUGAUGACUAUCUAAUGUCCGAGAGCAACCGUUUGAUAAACGAGGAGUUUUCUUUUGACAUGGAUGAAGUUACGGCUGAGUUCAAUAAUCUUCACAGCUGUCUAAACGGCGAUCAAAGAGCCGUGUAUAAUGAAAUUAUGGAUGCUGUUCGGAUUGGUAAGGGUGGUGUGUUUUUUGUGUACGGUUAUGGUGGUACGGGCAAGACUUUUCUGUGGAAAACUUUAGGUGCUUCCAUUAGAUGCAAUGGACAGAUUGUUAUUAAUGUCGCUUCAAGUGGUAUUGCAUCUUUGUUGUUAUCACGCGGUCGUACUGCUCACUCGCGAUUUCAUAUUCCAAUUAAUGUCAAUGAAGAUUCGGUAUAUGCCAUAUAA